UGUAUUUAAAUUAUCUGAGCAAAGAGAAAAAUCUUUAAUAAUAUAACUGAGGUAAUCAUUUUAAUCAUGCGUUCUAUAAUUCUUUGACAUAAAUAUCAUUAACAGCAUGAAAAUGACAUAACCUUUAUUCAUUCACUGUACACACAUGACAAUAACAUCGUAUCAGAAUAGUAGUUGUUUAAUUAUCUGCUAAUCAUUUUGAAUAAAAAUCGAUGACCACUCACAAUCGUGUUAAUAAACGUGGAUAAUUAUUACAAUAAAUUAUAAUGUAUUAUUUUUAUUCUGUAGCUUAUCCUGAAACCCAAAACAACAUCAAAAUCUAAUAUUAUCUAAUCGAAAUUGAAAUCAAAAAUUGUAUCAACAAAGAGAAAGAAUAUGAUAUAUCGAUGUAAGAUAUAUCGAUAUACGAUUAACCAUUACCAACAUUGGUAUUAUUACCGAAAUGAGAUAUAGACCGUAUAUUAAUUAAUAAUAUCACAGAAUGAAAUAAUUGAAGGCAUAAUGAUAUUAAUAUGUAUUUUGUGAUCACUCACUCCAACGACGUUCUCUUCAAAAGCCAGCUAAAAAAUGUAUAGCUACAAGAAAGAGAUUUUGCUUUCCAAUGUUGGCAACGCCAACAUUGUAAGUAAAUCUUGAAAAGUAAAGAAUGAAGAAUUUAUGAUAAAGUUCAAAGUUCAACUUUUGUUUGUUAUUAAUUUUGUUUAUGUUUAUUGGUUAGACUUAGCCGGCUCUUAUUUAUUAAUUUAUUUGUGAUAGAAAUUAUAAUAAUUUACUCAAAUUUUAUUUGAUAUUUUGUUCAAUUGAAGGCAGUCACCAAAUGAGAAAAUGGCGGAUAAUGCUUCAAAUGCAGCAACAGUUCAUGAGCCAUCCCAGAAAAUUCCUGGACAGAGACCAGGAAGCUGGGUCUAUUAUAACGGAGGGUAUUGUUAUCAUAUCAACAAAACCACCAACGAUAAAAGAUAUUUGGUCUGCGCUCAAUCCCGGUGUUGGGCAAAGGCGUGGAUGCGGCUGGAGGAAAAUGCUCCCAUCUUCCAGUUAGGGAUAUUCGUGCACGCGCACCUCCCUGAUUACGAAAAGGCGCCAAAAAUGCAGUUCCUCCAUAAUGUAAAAAAGAGGUCGAGGGAGGAGGCUGAUCGCAGCGUAAAGUCUAUCUUGUUGGAUGAGUCACUUAAGAACAAUACAAUGUGGGGUUUUGAAACCACACAACAAGCAAGAAAAAAAACAAAACCAAGUAGACCAUCAAAGAGAGAGUCAACUUAUGAUCUGAGCAGCAGCUGCAAUGAGCUGCCUGGAGGCACAGCAUCUACAGCUUAUGCUCUGAUCUUAAUCCCAAUGUGCUUGUUUUGGAGUUUGAAGCACAACCACCAAAGAAACAUAAAUUUCAUUCUAAGUCUGAAAAAUUUGAAACCAAAAACUUCUCUACAGCAGAACUGCAGAGAGUUGUUCUUUUAGUACAAUUGGCUGCAGCAAGGGCAAAGAAAGAGGCUGCUUUAGCCCAAAUAGAAUAUUUUAAGAAACACAAUAAAAUCCCUUACCUUUAAUCUUGAAUAGCACUUUUUUACUGUUUUCAUAUGUUAUAGGUCAUGUAUGUAUAAAUUUCUAUAAAAACGUUUGAUCAUAAUUUUUUUAAUAAUGGUAAAUAUCAUGUUUUCAUAUUUAAUUUCAUAAUUUGAAUUUAUAUUUAACUAGACUAGAAGAAACUUUUGCAUUAAAUUAUUCAAUAACAAAUUCAUCUUGAACUUUCCUUUUUAUAUUUAAAUUAGGAUAUUCUAAAGGUUAAAGUCUGAGUAACUCAUAAAUUUAAUGAAACUGAACUCAUUUUUAUAAUUAUAACAAACAAUCGAUGGUAGCUGUCAGUUGAUGCCUGACUUGACAUCCUUUCUGUCGGAUUUGUCUCUUUUUAUCAUUUUCAACAAUAACUGCGUGACAAUUGUCAUCUUCGCCAUUCAUUUCUUCAUCUAAUGGGUCGGAAAAGUCUGGAUCUUGCAAGUACUUGGCAACAUUAUGCAGUAUUAUACAGCAUACAACUAGUUUUGGAACUUCUCUUAAAGGUAUUCUGCAAGGGUGGUGUGUAAAAGGAAAUCUCAUCUUUAAUUGUCCAAAACAUCGCUCAAUAAUAAUUACUCUCGUUCUUAUUUGAACAGUCCAUACUGUUGUAUUUUCUCUUUUCAGGGGUUUGCGGAUUCAAAUAAGGAGUCAUUAACCAGGGUUCAAUUGCAUAGCCAGAGUCUCCUAACAUCAUGCAACGUUCAAAUCCUUUCACGUUUUCUCUUAUCAGUGAGCUCUUCCAUAUUCUGGAAUCGAGAACAGAGCUCGGCCAUCUUGCAUCUACAAUUUUGAAUUCUUCUUUUGCAUUACAAGUACAUUGUACAUUAAUGGUUGUUAAUCCCUUCCUGUUGACAUAUUCAUCA